GAGGGAGGGAGGGAGGGGAGAGGGAAUACAUGCAAAAACAUCGGCGGAGGAAAAAAAGGAUGCACAAGAGCUGCAUCAGUUCUUGUCCGCAGGGAACAAAAAAAACAUUGUGUUCGUGAAUGGAAGCUGGUGAGCUCGAGCACAAGGCGAGAGCAAUGAGGAACCAGGCAGACUUCAGUCACUGGAGCUGCUGAGCACCAAUCCUCCCUCCCUCUCCCUCUCUCUCUCUCUCUCUCUCUCUCUCGCUGCAAGCUAGGACCGAGCCUUGUGAGCGACGCGGAGACGCCUCGGGCUGCUGCUCGCAGGCUGCUCCCCUCCCCGCCGUCUGUGGCAUUGUUUGGGCUAUGGUCCUCACAGCAUCACCCAGAUGCGAGGCUACGGCUAUAUGGGGGGGUUAAGGUCGUAAACACCAGCAUGGGAGCCAAACAGAUGAAAUGCCUUAGCUCAGCCAGCCCAGCUCACUCCCCCAAAGAGGAGUAUGUUAUCACCCAGUCGGCUGACACCCCUAAAGAAGAAACACUCCACAAUCAGUCUGAGGAGCAGGGGGAUGACACAUCUGGACUGACAGAGAAGAAAUCUCUCACAGAGGUUGUGUCUCUGUGUGGCUUGUGUCCCUCCCUCGGCCACCAUGUGCAGGAGGAAGAGAAGUCCUGGGAGGAGCAGCUGGAUGCCCACCAGGAGCAGCUGGAGAAGGAGAUGCAGGAGGCGAGGAGGAUGGUGUUCCGCCUACAGGCCUUGCUACUCCAUGGCUCCCUCCCCGAGGAGGACCAGGACGGCUCCGUGAGCUUCGGAGAUAGCCGGGCUAACGCUGAACAGCAGCUGGUGCUGUUCCGCGGUCGCCUGGACCAAAGCAUGGAGGAAGCCCUUGAUCUCAAGAGGGAACUCCUGAGAAACAAACAGGAGGCACGCCAUCUUCAGGCCAUAAAGGAUGCUUUACAGCAGCGCCUGGCCGUGCAGGAAGAUGCUGUGCUGCAAAUAAAACAGGAACUACUGAGGUCCAACAUGGCUAAAGAUCAGCUGGAAGUGGAAAAUGCGGAGCUCAAACACAGGUUGAGUGAACGGAACAAACUACUUACUGAAUAUGAGCAGCAGCUCGGGAGGAAGGACAGAAUACUGCAGCAGCAGCAGCAAAAGUUUGAUGACGCUCUACAUAAAGCACAUGAUGUAAACCUUGGACGGUCAUUCAGGACUGAAAGUGCUGGUUACAAUAACUCAGUGACUACAAUGUCUCCUGCAGUAUUCCAACAUAAUGCCCCAGGGGAAGAGCUGCAGCUGGUCAGGGAGGCACUGCGCAGUCUGAGGGACAGCUUCUCUGGCCAUGACCCCCAACAUCACACCCUGGACACCUUGGAGCAAGGCGUGGCCAGUCUCAUGGACCGAUUACUCACUUUGGACAGCCAGCGCAGACAGGACAGAGGAGAGGAAUUUAAAUCCCCGGGACGCAGAGCCAACUCGACAGACCGUGACUCCUGGCCCCAGAGCUCAAAAAUGGCGCACUCGCUCAGCAGCCCGGGCCUGGACACCAGCGUCUGUACUAAAGUCCUCUACUUCACCGAUCGCUCGCUCACUCCGUUUCUGAUUAACAUCCCAAAAAGGCUGGGCGAGGUGACACUGCGAGACUUCAAAGCUGCUGUGGACAGACAUGGCAGUUUCAGAUACCACUUCAAGGCCCUCGACCCGGAGUUUGGCACAGUGAAGGAAGAGGUAUUCCACGACGGAGCCGUCGUGCCUGGCUGGGAAGGGAAGAUUGUAGCGUGGGUGGAGGAGGACCACGGAGAGAGGAGGUAGAGCCCAAAUACCACAGAUCACCGCUACAAACCUCAGUUCUCACUGGACCAGGAUUUCACUGAAAUACUUGUGAUGCCACAAUAGAAAAGUAUAAUGCCAAUAACUGGGACCAAUGGAUUUACACCACUUUACUAUGAAUCCACGUUUUAAAAGUGAAUGUUUCAUAUAAAAUAAUUUCACCUGACAUUUGUGUAAGCCUACCACUUUUUUUAAGGGAAUUGUUUGCUCUAAAUGAAUUUGUGGAGCGACCAAUCAACGGUCAGCAAUGCCACACCGAGAACUGAAAAUGUAGAAAUUGCAAUUUACAAAAAAGUAACAUGUUCUAAGUUUUUCUCUAAAAGGCUUUUUAUCACUGAUAGUAUGCAAACCUUGAAAUAAGUGUUUUGUGACAUUUGUCCCACGUUCCGGAUUGCCAAAUAGUGACGUUGCUUUUCAUCAAUGUUGAUGUUUUAAUAAACAUGAAUUAUCCCAUG